AGUUAUUGUUUUGCCGUCAAGCGACUCGCGCCGCUUUGGAAAAUCCGUUCAAAAUUUAAAACGACAUCAAGAAUUUCUGAAAAAGUCAAACGCUAUCAUCCCCGUCCAUUUGUAAUAUGUAAUCGUGGGUGCUUCGUGCCGCAUGCCACAACGUUGACCGCUCAACUGUGGCUACUGAUUCAUAAAUUAAUUAUCACCCACACACAAAGUCUAUAAAGCCCAAUCAUGGGUCGUUGUUUUAAUCACAAAUUCGUGCUCAAUUUUUGCAAUCUAUUGUUUUUGCUCUGCGGCAUGCUACUUAUUGUGGCAGGUUGCUAUCUCUACACAGACAACAAGCGGAUUCUGCUCUCCCGCCUCCUAGCUGCGCCCAGCGAGCAGUUGAACUCAUUGCCCCAACCAUUGCUCUACUACAUCUCGCUGGGAUUGGCCAUUGCCGGAUUUGUGGCUGUCCUCGCAUCCAUGCUGGGCUUCUGGGCCAGUUGCCUGCACACCUAUUGUUUCCUCAGCGUGUAUUUCCUCUGCGUUGUGGUGCUGCUGCUUGCGGAGUCAGUGAUUUGCUUGGCCAUCACGCUGUGGCCUCACUGCCUGGGCAUCAGCUUGGAUGAGGGGCAGAUGGUGAAGGCGCUGCAGCGCAACUAUGGUGUGCCUGGCCAGGAGCAGUUCACCAAUGCCAUGGACUUGGCGCAAACACGUUUCGGUUGCUGUGGCAUGCGCAGCUCCCUCGACUACGACACUUCACUGUGGCGCCUCCAAAGCUACGGACAACGCAAUUGGCCAGUUCCUUUGAGCUGCUGCGUCCUCGCCAAUGCCCCACAACCGCUGGCCUUUCUCGAUCCCAAGCCAGCGAAUGAAUCACAGUGUCAGUCACUCGAGCGUCCGGUUUACGAGCGUGAACGCUACACAGAAGCCUGCCUGGAGCACUUGGAUUCCUGGUAUCGUGAGCAGUACAGCAUCUUUCUGAUCGCCAGUCUCGUUCUGGCGCUGGUCGAGUUCAGUGUGCUCCUGGGCAUCAUUCUCACCUGCACGGGCAUCGCCUCGCGCCGUGCUAGACUGGACAGCAGCUCGCAGGCAGCUGGAGGAUUCAGCCAGAAGGCCCGACGACGUGGCACAGCGAAGUCGAGGCAGGCGCUGGUCGAUAACAUCUACGAAUCGGAGGUGCAACUGCGUGGCAAUGCUCAAGGCGGUGGCAUGUGUCUUGGUGCGGCCAGCAGACAUGUGAGCAGCGAGGACUUCAAGGAACUCUAUGUGCAGCCGAGAGAUCUCUACAAGCAGCGACACAACACGACCUUCAAGCCCAUUGCCAGUGAUUAUCAGACGCCAACGCGCAGUUACUUGGUUUAGUUCGUUGGCGUUGCAGCUGUUGGCCACCAGCGAUAUAGGUUCAUCUGAGUAAUCAACAGCACAAAUAGACACAAAAUAGAAACCAAAGUAUUAAAACAAAAAAAUUAAAGCACUUCAACUUAUACGUUAAAUAUAGACAACUAAAUUAAGCAUAUACAUGAGUAAAGAAAAUGAAAUGCAACAAGGAACUUUACAAUUAUAUACACUAGAAUGGCACUGGAUAUCGAACUGUCAGUGGAUUAAUAUGCCAUCAUCCUCAUCACUAGAAUCUUCGAUUACAUGAAUGGCACGUCGUCGCUUUGGCACAACUCUGCCCACUAUCGGAGCUGCAGCUGCUCCACGUUUUAGCAGCCGUCGCUCACGUCGCUCCUCCU